AUGGGUGGAGUGCUCAGCUAUUUCCGUAGUCUCUUCGGACAACGCGAAAUGCGAAUCCUAAUUUUGGGUUUGGAUGGUGCAGGCAAAACCACAAUUCUCUACAGACUACAGGUAGUUGGAGAAGUGGUUACAACUAUUCCGACUAUAGGGUUUAACGUUGAACAAGUGGAGUACAAGAAUCUGAAAUUCCAAGUGUGGGACCUUGGAGGACAAACCUCUAUACGUCCAUAUUGGCGGUGCUAUUAUGCGAAUACGGACGCCAUUAUAUACGUUGUAGAUUCAGCAGACCGAGACAGAGUCGGAAUAUCACGUCAAGAAUUGGUCGCCAUGCUUCAAGAAGAUGAGCUUCAAGGAGCCGUACUUGCCGUUCUCGCCAACAAACAGGAUAUUGCAAAUUGUCUGACUCCGGCCGAAGUCCAUAAGGCGCUAGGCCUCGAAGCUUUGCGAAAUCGAACGUUCCAGAUCUUCAAGACGUCUGCUUCUAAAGGGGAAGGUCUCGAUGAGGCAAUGGAAUGGCUCGCAAACAGUUUGCAGCAAAGAAAGUAG